AUGUGUACAACCGACCAACGGAUGGCGUCGGUACAGGCCCAUCUUCAUGCCGGCGGCAACGGCACCACCGGAACCUACGGCCCGAAGGACAUUAGUGGUGGGGCCACAAUUGUUUCGCAGUGCAAAUCGCCCACCGCGACAGCUAUCUCCGCCAAGACACCCUUCUCGAUCGAGGACAUUCUCUUCCAAAAUGGUGGCUCGCAGGCGACGCCCGCCCAACCUGAUAAUCGGUCGGCGAGUUCUUGCUCCCGAUCCGGCAAGGAGCGGACCGGAGCGAGUGAAAUCGGCGACCGCUCGCCCACAUCCAGACCCGGAUCCGCAGGGGACGUUUCCGACCGGGAGUCCGGCGGAGGAUCGCCCGAACUUGUUCCGGAAGUGGCACGCAAUCACUCCAAUGACCGGAGCAAGGGCCCGAACGGGAUAAACGGUGUAAGUGGUGGUGAGCGUGUGCACGCAAGUGGAAACAAUCACAGUAAACAUAGCAAUUCGAAUAGCAGUAACAAUAAUCCCAACAAUAUCGGCAGUAGUCAUAAUCACACUAACAACAACAAUAACAGCAAACAUUGUGAUGCCAAUUUGCGAAGUAAUGCGAUUGGUGAUAGUGGUAGUAGCGGUGGUAGUGGUGGUGGGAUGAAAAUUUCAGAUGAUGAAUACCGGAAGGUGCUGCACGGAGAAAGAUUUGCAAACAAACUGAGUUUUGCCGGACCGCCGGGGACUGGCGUAGGACCGCCGCCCGGACCACCCCCGUCAUUGCCUCCGCACCCACCAACGACCAGCUCGUCCGGGCCGGUACAGUUCACCAGCGGACCGUCGGCCGGCGUCCUCUACACGACCAACCCGUACAGCGAUCCGGGCUAUCUGCAGAUGGCGCUCGGGGCCUACCUGGCACCGUCGGCCAGUGGCUACAAAACGGUCGACCCGUACUUCCUCUCCCAAGGAAUUUUUGCCGGAUCUCCCCUCUUCCCCGGCGCCGGAUGUCCUGACAUUGCCCUCGGACUGGGGAUGGGCAUGAGCGCCCUGCGGCAUUGCCGUCGCCGGAAAGCUCGAACCGUGUUCAGCGAUCCCCAACUGACAGGACUGGAAAAGCGGUUCGAGGCGCAACGCUACUUAUCGACGCCGGAACGUGUCGAGUUGGCGUCGGCUCUCGGGCUCAGCGAGACCCAAGUGAAGACCUGGUUCCAGAACCGCCGGAUGAAGCACAAGAAGCAGCUACGACGCCGUGAGGUCAACGCUACUGAAACGAGCGGAUCGAGCGGAAUUGGAACCAGCAGCGGCACAGGAAGCAGCAACUCGUCGUCCACCGCAUCCAGUCGGCUGCACGGUCCUCCCACUUCCGCUUCGUCUUCCGGCUCAUCGUCUUCCUCAACUUCUUCCUCCGCUUCAUCGACGUCCUCCGCAUCGUCGGCGGGAGGAACCCCAUCUACCACGGGGGACAAAAAUGGCUUCGCGGCCUACGGUGCCAAGGGCCAUCCCAAACCACCCCCUUCAGCCCCGUCGACGUCCGCCGGAAACGCCAACGGUUCGAUGCUGAAAUCGUUAACCACUGGCGGAUCGAUGCAUUCGUCCUUUAGCCUGGUGAAACGUUCCGCGGCGGCUGCAGCGGCGGCGGCGGCGGCGGCAGCGGCAGCGGCGGCCAUGAACGGUGGGGUUCCCCCAAUGCCCACCUCGCCACCGAGUGCGGGGGGAGGCUCAAUGCCGCAUCCUUUCCAACACCAGCAGCAUGCGAAUCAUAAUCACCAUCAUCAUCAGGCGCAUCAUCAUCAGCCUCACCAUCAUCCGUCCCAGCAUCCUGGCCAUCAUCAUCUGGGGCAUCCUUUUGCACCACCGGGCCUACAGCGCAUACCGGGCAACGAUGGGUCCUCCGACGAUGAGGACGAUCUGAUGAACGAGAGCGACACCGAUUGCAGCGAUGUUGACAUUGUUGGAGACGAUCAAGGCUAUCUAACGUGA